CUCUGAAACUAGAGGAACAACUGCUUGCUGUCAGCCACCUAGCCUGUGUUAACUCAUUACACCCUGCCCAGGUCUCUGUGGAGCAGGAAAGAUGUUACCUCACUUGAUGAGAGUGUUAAUGCUGCCCAUGCUGCUGCCCACCCUGGUCCAUGCUGCCCCCAAGGAUGGAGCUACAAGGCAGGACCUUGAUGUGCAGCUCCAGCCCCUGCCCAACCCCUUCCAGCCAGGGCCAGAGCAGCUCGGAGUGCUGCAGCACCACCUAAAGGGACUAGAGAGAAUGGAAGAGGACCCUGAGCACAUGAACAGAGAACAGGUUCUCCUCUACCUCUUUGCUCUCCACGACUAUGACCAAAGUGGACAGCUGGAUGGGCUGGAGCUAUUGUCCAUGUUGACAGCGGCUCUGGCCCCUGGAGCCGCCAACUUUCCUGCCAACCCGGUGAUCCUGGUUGUGGACAAGGUGCUUGAGACCCAGGACUUGGAUGGGGAUGGGCUCAUCUCCCCUGCAGAGCUCAUCAACUUCCCAACAGAGGCCCCCAGGGACACAGAGCCCAGAGAGUCCCUUGUCCCAGCUCCCCAUGAGACACAGGCAAUGGAAGGGCAGCCCCUGUUAGCAAAGAACCCCUUGAGACAAGAAACUCAGCAGGCUCUGGGGCCCAGAGAAGUUGGGGGCCAGGAAGAGGCCAGGAGGGAAUCCCUGGAGCCUAUUCAGGAGGCUAGGGGUCAAGCAGGGACUGAAGGAGAUACCCUAGGCCUGGAAGAGGGGAAUAGGGGACAGGUAGAGGCCGAAGGAGAAGCCCCAAGCCCCAGAGGAGAUGUUGGGGCACAUGCAGAGGCCAGGAAUAACGAGGCAGAAGCCGAAGAGCUUCUAAGGGAAACACUGGAGUCCAAGAAUACCCCAGAUGAGCUUGAGCCUCAUAGUAUUCAACUGGAGAAUGAUGAGAUAUAAUCCUUGAGGAGACAGGCUUGAACCCUUCAAAGUCUUAGUGCCAGGAUGUAAGCCUGAAGGGUGGGGUGUGUGCUAGGUUGAGGACCACCUCUGUGUCCCUUUCUGACCCCAGUAGGUGCCGGGCCUGUCCGUGCAGCUCAGGGAGAUGCUAUAUUAAAGGGCAUCUUUGGGGCCCAGACAACCAAUAAAGGACAAAAUGAAUUCAUCUGCUGGACCAUCUGUCUACUGGUCCAGCCUGUCCAGAAGUCCUCAGGGGUUUAGGGACUGGACAGGCCUCUUAGGCACCGAUUCAGC